GUCAUCAAUAUACAGAAGAAAAAUCUUUGUUUUGGUUUGGAGCUGACAAUGUGAUCUUAAAAAGAAACUUCUUUCCUGUCUUUCCUGGAGUGUGCAAGGUGCAAGAGAUCCAGAAUGACUGAGUCGGACAAGUGGAAGUGCCAGUUUUGUACCUAUCAGAAUUUUCAAGUGGCUACAAAGUGUACAAUAUGCAAUGUACGCAGACAGGAUACACCGAUCUCAGAUUUUGAAAAUGAGGAGCAGGACAUCUACAAAAUGGCAGCUUCCAUGGGCCACAACAAAGAAAGCAGUACAGUGCCCUCAACUUCACCCCACAUCAGUAGCAGUGAUGCAGUUCAUGGUACAAAAUGGGCAUGUUCAGCAUGUACAUAUCUAAACUGGCCAAAGUCAAGUAAGUGCACUCAGUGUCUGCGACCAAGAAAAAAUGUGUCACCUGGAAGUCAGUCACCUAAGCAGAGGAGCAAGACAAGAAAUGAAACAUCUGGAGCUCACUUAGGGGAGAGUUCCAGAUCAGGAAGGACUACUCCAGCAAGAGAAGUAACACCUGGAUCACCAAAGGCAGCAAAAUGUUCAUCCAAUAAUGAUAUUAAUAAAACAUAUUCCAAAUAUGCAAAAAUAAAAUGGACCUGCAAAGCCUGCACAUAUGAAAACUGGCCCAAAACUUCAAAAUGUGUGAUGUGUGGGACAAGUAAAGGAAGAACUUCUCCAGAGAUCAUUACCUCACCUCCUUCUUUAUCACCCACCGAAAUCAAUUCAAAACAGAUGGGGCCUUCUUCCCCUACCAUGGCAUGUGGGGGUGGAUCUCCUCAGAGUGACAAUCAGUCUGUAGAAUUACAAGACCCUUCUACUUCUGGUGCUGUAACAUCUGAUGAUAACAAAGCUACAGAAAAAAGACUUAAACAGAUAAGAAAGUGUAUGAGAGAAAAAGAUUGGUUGUGGUUGAACGCAUGUGUUGGUGUUGUUAUUGGAGAUUUAGGAGCCAUUGAAUCAUUUAUUACGUCAGGUGGUGAUCCUUCGCGGCAGCUAACCCAAGAAGAAGUUGCUUUGUUAAACAGACCAAGUGCAUUUGAAGUAGGAUACACACUUGUCCAUCUUGCCAUAAGAUUCAAGAGAGACGACAUGCUUGCUGUCCUCCUUACAAGUACUGAAUCUAAUGCUAAGGGACUUAAACGCCUGCCAUCCCAUGUUUGUCCUGAUGUUGCAGCGGAAAUUCGUCGGGAAAUUUCUUCAAUACUGAGACAGAGGAAGGGAGGAAAAGGGGAAUUCCCUUGCCAGUUUUUCUCUGAUUGUGUUACAUUUGCUUUACCCUCAGGUGUUAUGGAUUUACCACAGUCUGUACAGUCACAGGUGUUCAGUGAAAUCCUAGAUGAAGAUGUACAAAAAGAACUAGAGGAUGAUUUAGUGAUCAACUGGAGUUUGGAACUGACAGUAAGGUUAGGAAGUCGUCUGUAUGCACUGUGGAAUCGAACUGCAGGAGACUGCCUUCUGGAUUCAGUACUACAGGCAACCUGGGGAGUGUUUGACUCGGAAAACACACUCAGACAAGCCCUCUCAGAGAGCAUUAGUGAUGGUGCUAUGAUGUUCUACCCUAGAUGGAAAGAAUAUGAAUCGAUGCAUGCUGAGAGCUUGCAGUUUUCUCUGGAUGAGGCACAGUGGCAGAAUGAUUGGGCAGAACUCUUAAAUUUAGCAAGUCAACCUGGUGCUUCUUUAGAACAGACUCAUAUAUUUGCAUUAGCCCAUAUUCUUCGUAGACCUAUCAUUGUGUAUGGAGUGAAGUAUGUUAAAAGUUUCAGGGGAGAAUCAUUAGGAUUAGCAAGAUUUCAAGGUGUUUAUUUACCAUUACUCUGGGAGAAUGGAUUUUGUUGGAAGACACCAAUAGCAUUAGGUUAUACAAGGGGGCAUUUCUCUGCCCUUGUGACUAUGGAAAUGGACACAGAUGGCAUCCCAGGGGCUGGGGCUCAUAUUGAGCCCAAUGAUGAUGAUGAAGUUGCCUAUUUACCACUGGUUGAUUACGAAGGAAAGCUCCUACCAGUGCCCUUUUUAAUGGGCUCAGAGGUUGGACGUGAAGAGAGUAUUUUACAUGAGUGGCUGGACUGUGUUGUUACUAAGGGUGGCUGUUUGGUGGCACUGCAGAAGGUGGGGAAGCGGCCCCUAAUGAUCAAACAGAUGGUUGAUGAAUGGCUGGACCAUUACAGACAGCUACCACAUGUCACCUUAACAACAAAUAAACAAACAACUCUGGCUGCUCAAACAUUCUCAAGUGAUGGAGAGAGUGAUCAGGAAUAAGACAGAGUACUUUUACCUUUCUGUUUGUGAUUAAUUGAUAAUACCUCUGAUUGAGUGCUUUUUAGCUCACCUGAGCCGAAGGCUCAAGUGAGCUUUUCUGAUCAAAAUUUGUCCGUUGUCUGUCGGCGUCGGCGUCGUUGUAAACUUUUCACAUUUUCAUCUUCUUCUCCAGAACUACAGGGCCAAUUUCAACCAAACUUGCCACAAAGUAUUCUUAGGUGAAGGGGAUUCAAGUUUGUUCAAAUGAAGGGCCACGCCCUCUUUCAAGGGGAGAUAAUAAAGAAUUAGUGAAAAAUUAAUAGCAUCUUUUAAAAAUCUUCUUCUCAAGAACCACAGGGCGAUGAAAGAUGAAACUCAUGUGGAAGCAUCCUCAGGUAGUGUAGAUUCAAGUUUGUUCAAAUCAUGACCCCCGGGGGUAGGGCGGGGCUAAAAUGGAGGAUCAAAAUUUUACAUAGAAAUAUAUAGGAAAAAUCUUUAGAAAUCUUCUUCUCAAGAACAGCAAAGCCAUUAUGAGUCAUUUCUAUAUGGAAGCAUCUUCAGAUAGUGUAAAUUCAAGUUUGUUCAAAUCAUGACCCCCGGAGACUGGGCGGGGCCACAAUGGAGGAUCAAAGUUUUACAUAGAAAUAUAUAGCAAAAACCUUUAAAAAUCUUCUUCUCAGGAACAGCAAAGCCAUGAUUGAUCAUAUUUACAUGGAAGCAUCCUCAGGUAGUGUACAUUCAAGUUUGUUCAAAUCAUGACCCCCGAGGGUCGGGUGGGGCCACAAUGGGCGAUCAAAUUUUAACAUAGGAAUAUAUAGGAAAAAUCUUUAAAAAUCUUCUUUUCAAGAACAGCAAAGCCAUGAUUGGUCAUAUUUACAUGGAAGCAUCCUCAGAUAGUGUACAUUCAAGUUUGUUCAAAUCAUGACCCCCGGGGGUCGGGUGGGGCCACAAUGGGUGAUCAAAGUUUUACAUAGGAAAACAUAGUAAAAAUCUUUAAAAAAAACUAUUUCUUAAGAACAGCAAAGCCAUGAUUGGUCAUAUUUAUAUGGAAGCAUUCUUAGAUUAGUAUAGAAUCAAGUUUGUUUAAACAUGACCCCUGGGGGUCGGGUGUGGCCACAAUGGGUGAUCAAAGUUUUACAUAGGAAUACGUAGGAAAAAUCUUUAAAAAUUUUCUACUCAAAAACAGCAAAGCCAUGAUUGGUCAUAUUUAAAUGGAAGCAUCCUCAGGUAAUGUAGAUUCAAAUUUGUUCAUUUCCCCCCCCCCCCCCCCCACUUUUGUAUUUAAAUUUUUCAACCUUUCAAGACUAAACUGAUUCCUGCUUUUUCCUAGCUAUAGUGCUCAGGUGAGCGAUGUGGCCCCUGGGCCUCUUGUUUUUUUCUUUUAGAAAAAAAUAGUGUCCAUUUAGUUUGCUUUAGUAGGAAGCAAAUUCACCAUAACUCUGGUUGUUUCUUUUUUAUUCAGAAAACUUGAUUAGAUAUUUUUGUUGUUGAAGUUUUAAUGUUAUAUUUUAUGUGAACAUGGUAUGUUUUGAUUGCUAGUACAAUAUCCUUUGUGUAAUAAAUAAUAAGUUUAUUUCAUUGAUAAUGUUCUUUCGUAUUUUAAUUAAUAUACUGAAGUGGUCUUGAAUUUGAACUUUAAAGUGUCUACUUUGUACAAUUGUGUGUAAAGAAGUAAGGGGAAAAAAGGAAAGUGCUUUAUUGGUUGAUAGUGCAGUGCUUGGUAACAACAGUGUUUGUCUUUUGUAUAGAUAUAUUCCGUUUUUGUGGUCAAAUAUGAUAUGUCUUUCAACAGUGCCAGCAUUGUGUGCUAGAACAGCAUUGUGGGAGAUUAUGUGUUUAAUAAGUCAAUCAGUAUUAUGUUGGGUGUUUGAAAUGGGGAGUUUUAUUCAGCUGUAAUAUUAUAGACAUCAGUUAAAUUCUACAAGAAAUACUUCCAAUUUAUUUGUUUAGUGUGAGAUCUUUUUUCUCUAAAGUCCUGCAUUUGUUUGCAUCCAUAGGUUAAAAUAGAUCUCCCCCUGCACUGUUCAUCACUGACAUCAUUACUGAUAGAAAGGAAAAGUUCAUUAAAUGAAGCAUUUUGAACUGAAUAUUUCCUGGUCUUCUCCUAAAAUGAUAUUCAUAAAAAUGGCUUUAAUGUUAAUGUGUACUACUGUAUACAGGGAAAUUUUCGCCCCCAUUUUAUUUUCGCCCCUUUCAUCCUACUUAUAGGUGGACGAAUUUAUAAUGGGGCGAAUUCAAAAAACACAGUGUAAUUUCUUAAACAGAAUUGUGACUGGGAGAAUUUAAAAUGGGGCAAAUUUGUUUGCAAGUGUGAAAGGGUGAAAAUAACACGGGGCGAAAAUAACCCUGUAUACAGUAUUUUGUCACGUGUGUUUGUGUGUGUGUGUCAAAUAUUAAUGGGGUUUUCAAAGGUAUGUACUGUAUGUAGUGAACCAUAAUUGUUACUUAAUUCAGAUAUAUAAAUCAUUCCCUCAGUGUUUGUUAUAUGAUUAGUGCUUAUCAGAUUUAUAGAUGUGUUACUGAAAUGAAUACUUGUUUAUAUUAAGAUGAUGUUUAUCAGAUAUGUUACACUGUGAAUGCCAUUUUUGUCCAAAGAAAUUCUAAAAUGGAAAUACCUCAUUUUAAAAUCUCUCAUUUUUGAAGUCUAUGAUUGAUAUUAUAUAUUUUACUUCUGUAGCAUUACAGAGCUCUUAUAUCUCCACAUUUGCAAUGGGCAAACACAGAGAAAAAACAUUUCCUGCAUAGAUUGCAUAGAGAAAUUGGAAGUAAAUGAUGCAUAUCUUUUUCAUAAUGUUUGUCUGUUUUGCUAUGUACUCUCAGAUUAUUUUUAAAACAUUAUUUGCUUUAUUGUUAGUCUGCUACAGGUAUUAUGUGGAAUAAAUAUAAUUUUUGCUGAAGUACCUUUGUAGUGUAUAAAGCAAAACCUGAUAUACAGUGUACUUCCAUGGUAACCUAUAUUGCUUUUUGCAAUACCAAAUUUAAUUACAUGUGCAUGUAUUUAAAUUAGAAUUUUAAAAUGUUGUAGUAUUCAGUGUAAAGAUAAAAAAAAAAGUAUAAGCAGGUUUUCAAUGUAAUCAUGUCUGCCCUAAGUAAGAUUACUGUUAAUUCUAAUCGAAGUGAAAAAAAAUUCAGGUUUAAUAAGUGCAAGAUUGUUUCUGUGGUUGAAGAAUUGUGUCUUUUUGAUGUUAUGUGUAACUUUAUAUGGGCAUCACAAAUUAAUUACAUCCAAACUUCAGGUGUACUCAUAAGAGAAGUUAGUUUAUAUUGAUUUGUUUCCUAAAAAUCUUAAAAUGUCACACAUAGAAAUGAUCAUUAGUGAAAUUUAGUGUUUACAAUAUUGAGUGUGUUUAAAGUCUUGAUAAUCUUCAUUUGUCUGAACCUGUCCCACUGCAGUUUUUUUUCUGUCAGUAAUAAUGUCCAUCAGUAUCCAUAUAAUUCUUUUUCUUCCUAUAAAUUAAUUUUUUGAUUGAAAACAUAAUUCAUUUGUGUGCAAUAUUUGCAGUUUUUUUUCUUUUACAUUAAAAGAGAAGAAAAAUA